GCGGCCUUGUGGCUGCCUUAAAUCAAAAGCUUAUGGGCAAGCUGCUUAAAAUUAACAUUAAAGCUUAAGUAUGCCGUGGGCCCACUGCGCACAGAUACGAGAUACGAGAUACUUUACAGAGCAGAUACUUUCUCACCAAGGUUGAGCUGGCAGGCUGGCUGGCAAUAAUCAUAAAAGUAGCCCGCACACAAGUCUCUCGCAAAAACUUUUCACAUCGACGAAACAAAUGGCAAAUGGCCUGGUAGAAGAAACACUUAAGCGCCAGACAGACAACGGUCGCAAGCUAGUCAGCUCCCCAAACAAAUCCGUUGGAAUCCAAGUGCCAAUACCAUCAUCAUGAACUGCAAGCCCUUGAUUUUGUGCACCUUUGUGGCAGUUGCAAUGUGCCUGGUGCAUUUUGGAAAUGCAUUGCCCGCCAUAAGUCAUUAUACGCACAAAAGAUUUGACUCCAUGGGUGGCAUUGAUUUCAUUCAGGUGUGCCUUAAUAACUGCGUCCAGUGCAAGACCAUGCUGGGAGAUUACUUCCAGGGGCAGACCUGUGCCCUUUCCUGCCUCAAGUUCAAGGGCAAAGCCAUCCCGGACUGCGAGGAUAUAGCCUCCAUAGCCCCGUUUCUAAAUGCGCUCGAGUGAAGCGAUAAGAGGCGCCUCUUGUGCGAUGUGCGGUGUGUGUGGUGGUGUGUGCUUUUAUGGCCUGUGACUCAGGUGUGGAUUUGGGUCAAUGUGAUGCUCAACACGAUGCUCAAGUCUUGCCGAUCUUGGCUGCUGAUGUCGACCACAACGAUGAUGAAAUUACUUUUGCUAAACAACUGACUUUCCAGCGCGAAACCAAAGAGUUCCUAUUAACUUGUAAUUGUGUAGUGAAUAAACAAAUACCAAGAAAAA